CUUCAUACAGGUGUGGUUUAUCUUGUGCGUCGUACCCCCCAUCGAUGGGCAUUUGUACAGCUCUGUAGCUUACAUUAACACGUUUUCCAUGCCCUCCACGUUUACACGGCCUGAUGACAGAGUAACGUCCUCGUUCAUUCUCUGAACCGGUGACACUCGGAGGACUCUUUCCACCAGAAAAGUGGCCUAUCUCGAUCUCUUUCAACACUGGAAACACCCGCAAACGUGCUUUCAUAUUUGUACCUAGGUGUGUUGGUUUGAUUAAAUAAUUUAAACUCAGUGCGAAAUCAAAUGGUGAAGUAGUCAACGAAGGAGUUACAUAACACACGUUAAAGAGAAAUGUUGAUAACUUUCAUCUUCUUCGUCCUGGCGUCACUUGCGUCUGCAAUUAAAGAUUCAGCGUCUUUCUUACCUCAGUGUGUCGUCCAGCACAAAGGAGGCUGUGAACAACCAGAACACCCAUGCUCUUUUAUUCAACAAAGAAAAAUUUCAGUUUCAGAAAUGGCACCAUACAAGCGCAUUCAGCACCAAAAGAUAAAAUUCAAAAGUGGAAUGCAAAAGUUUCCUUAUUUUAAUAUUUCAGUUUCAUUCAAUAACUCAGUAUUAGAAAAUUUUGACGUAAUUCAAAACUGGUCUCGGGAGAUGGAACUACUAUCGACAAAAGUUUCACAACAUGUUACGCUCUGGGAAAUUCAGCCUUUGAACAUUCCGCACAAAUAUUGUCAAAAACCUGUGGUCAAUGUUAUUAUUGCUUUUGUCCCAUUUCAACAGGAUGUGAAUAACACUGAUGAUAUUGAAAUAAUUCAAAGGCUAGGGAACAAAACUUUUUUUGGCUCAAACUACAGAGACUUAUUUCACAGAGAUGAAGAAAUGUGGAAUCAGUAUGAAAAACCAAUCCCAGCCAAUAGAUAUAAUGACAUGGAUAAUGACUUGCUACCAACGAGUAUCAAAGUUAAAAUGCCUUGCAAGCAAAACACUAGUGAUUGGGAAUGCAACAGUUUCCACAACAAGUCAAAUUUGUCUUUCAUUCCUACCUAUGGGGAAACAGCAACGAUUGAGUUAAGACUCUUGAACAAGGAUAUUAAGGGACUGUUAAGCAUUGAAUUAUUAACGUCAAUGUGUAGUAUUAACUGCGUUAUAGGUUCAAGCAGUUGCAGUAAUGGAAGCAUAGAUGUGCAAAAUUUCACUUGGAAUCAUUCUCAGCCAAAAUUGAUCAAUGCAUCCAAACCUGGAUACUACUGUGCCAGGCUUUUCCCAGAGCAUCGUUGUUGUGCGAUAUCAACUGAACCAAUUAUUAUAAGCGAAACCGCUAAACUCGCCAGUGCAGCAUUUGUGCCAGUAUUAUUGACAGAUAUAAUAUCAAAAGAUAUGUUCUUUGGAAUUAUACGGAUUACCAUUAUCAUUUGCUUUACGAUUGUAUUGAUCACAUUAUUAAAAGGAAAGAAUAAAUAUUGUCCAUACUACAAAAUAAGUGCUGAUGAAAUAACAGACAGUAAUUUAUUGAAUAGCGUACAUGAUGAUGUUCGAUCUCCAUUGAGCACAACUUAUAUUGAUCAACACACUGAAGUUCUCCUUCUGUACCAGAGGGAAAGUGAUGAAUUUCUGCUUCUAAUGGAUAAAUUUAGAAAUUUAAUGUCUUUGUUUUUUCAAAAGGUAUGGGAUCCUUUGGCACGCAAUCAGUGUGAAGAAGUCACUCAGAAUUAUCCUGUUUGGGUUGACCAAAUUCUUGCGUCAAAUUAUGUUAAGGUGGUUAUUGUUAAUAAUGGUCAUUCACAACAUUGGCAAGAUGUGUCGAGAAAAGAGCAUCAUCUAGAUGGUGUGUUUACGUAUGCAAUCUCAGCUCUUCGCCACAACCCGACUCUCAUUCACAACUAUAAAAGACUUUUUAUAGUUCGGUUUUAUUUACACAACAACAAUGAUGAAUUUUUAAAUAUCGUACCAUGCACGAGGUAUGGUAUGCCAGAUCACUUACAACAACUUAUUCAGGAUUUAACUGGAGUGAAAGCUCACCAGUUCAACUGGGGUAAAAUUCCACCAUAUGUAGCUUGUCAAUGGAUGGAGGAAUUCAAUUCUGCAUUAAAACAGUACAAAAACACAUUGGCAAAAUCCAAUCACCUGAGUUUUCCAGUUUCCGUAGAAUUGUAAAAGUUAUAAUACUAAAAAUGGAAAUAACAAAUUGAAUGUGUCAUUUUAAUGUUGAACUUGUGACUAUUAUUUCUCACAUUAAUAGAAAGUUGUAUUUGAGAAGAAUUGAUCUUCAACGUAUCAGUUGAACUGGUCAUACAAUUUUCAUAAAAAGUUCAUCAUUUAAGUAUUUCAUCUUUUUCAAAUGACAUUGUCAAUUCAUCUAUGGAAUUUGUAUGUUCUAGGCAUUGUUUUUUGAAAUAAAAAUUCCAUGGUGUUACCAUCAAAAAUUUGAAAAAAAAUGAGGAAAUUCUUGGAGGAAUGUCUUCUUUGUUUUGCAAAAUAUAUAUUACAUCUAAUUUUGAAUCGUUCAAUUAUUAGUGUAAAGUUUUAUUUAAAAUGGUGUUUUAAUCUUUACAGAAUUUUCUGGCCAGUCACAUUAAAUGUUAAAAAAAUGAAUGGUGUUAUAAUUAAUGUGUGGUGAGUUAUGAGCAUUGUCUAUUUUGGUCAGGAUACAGGGGUAGUUCUGCGUUUUCUGUCCUAUCCUCCAAAGUUAGGGCUGCUAAUAACUAAGCCAUUUCUGCCACGCAAAGUUAUAAAACAACACUUAUUCUCUUGUAUGUUCACUUUAAUAUGGUGAUGGAGACUUUAUAUUCCUCCAUUUUUGUCCAUUCCUCCAUAUACAAAAUAUAACCAAUCUAAAAAUCGGUGAAUGGGGGUCAAAUUCCACUGUUGAACCUUUCGCAUGCGUUCAUACUCGUGAAUAAAACACACAAAAAUUGAUCCCAAGACAUUGAAAACAACAAGACUUUCAUUUUCUUAAAUAAAAAAAAAAUAAAAAAUAGAAAAAUGAAGAAUAAAAAAAUCAGCCCACUUGCUCUCUAUGCAUGACAAAUUUUUGGUAUAUCAGGCAAACUUUCUCAACUUUUUCUCUAAAUUCUAUGAAAAUUCUAUGUUGAAUUUUCAUACAUUUUCCUGAUACACAAGAGCUCAUUUGCUUACCCAUCGACCCUGUCGGUCUUUUACUGUCGGUGGGCCAGAUAUCAGGUCAAGAGUUAGGGUCUUCCUGGUUUUCCAUGACUGUAGUUAUAUUACUUCUAAAUGUUUAUUAGUACCUAUUACUUUUUUAUUUAAAUGUUUAAUUAUUACAAAUGAAUUAUAUGGGAUAUUAACAAUAUAAAGCAUGUUUUAGUUUAUAAGUAUUUUAAAGUAUUUUAUAGCAUCAGUAUGAAAUAAUUAACUAAUAAGUCCAGUGUUUAUUUGAAGUUAAGUUGGAGUGAAAUGUGGGUUUGUGUGAAUAAAGUGAUUUGUAUUAAAUGUGAAAAUAGUAUACUGAUACACAUUGUUUUACAUUUAAUAGUACCGAUUGUUGGUUAAAUUGUGAGAUUUCCUCUUGUGUCUGCCUAUCCUCACUGAUUUUGUGUCUGGUAGCUAAGAUAGACAGACUAAAGUUAACUAUCAAACUAUAAAUUGUCAGUUAGCUUCGUCUAAAUGGUAAUUAAAAUAUUUUCUGAAAUCUUAUAAAUUUAUUUUUAUAAACACAGAUUCAUUGAUUAAAGCGUAAUGUUUUAUUUAAAAUUGUUUUGCCAAUAUUUAAACUAUGUAGUUUUAUGAUAAUAAUCUAUAUCAAUACCUUAUAAUUUAAGAACAAAAAUGUAUGUAAUAAUUUUAACAGUAACUAAUGUCUUUCAGCGAUGGAACAGAUAAUGUAUUUAAAAUAAAUACUGAAUUCUAAAAUGUUAUUGAAAAAAGUUAGCUUUAAUUACGAAAAUAAUUAGUUUCCACAUACCAAAGUAAUUGUGCUCCAAUUAUAUCCACAUUGUAAUCUAUAAUUUCCAGUUAUGAAUUACAAAUAUUUAUAGAAUUAACUUACCAAAUAUUGCACUGUUAGUACAAAUAUAAUAAUAAUUCCAUAUUUAAAAAUAACGUAUAUUUACUCUCUGGUAAUAAAUGUGGUAAAGAAAUGUUUAAUUUUUAGUUGAACUAACAAUAAUUGUCAAUUGGGGUGGUAUUUGUUAUCUUGAAAGGAAAGGUUUAAAAAACGAAAAUAUUAGCAACGACGCAAUGUAUUUUAUAAACUAUUGUGUUUAUAUUUAGUCUUAAUAUAUUUUUAAAUGUGCGAAUAUCAAAUGUUUUAUAUUUUAAUGAUGUAAGGAUUAACACAAAGAUAUAUUUUUUUGUAAUUCUAAGUUGAAUCUUGUUGAAGUAUUUAACAUAACUGUGUAAGUUUUAACAUUAACAGCAUAUAAUGAACACAAUUUCGCUCUGAAAAGUUGCUCGUAUUUCAUUGAGCAAUUAGAGAGAAUUUACGUGAGUGGAAUUUAUUAAUUUCUUUUAAUGUGAUUCUUUGUUCUACGUUAAAAAUAUAUUUUCAAAGCAAUGCUCAAUUAAAUACAGAAAUAUCUCAGGAACUUAUAAGUUGGAAAUGUGAUCAUAUGAAAAUAGAAACAUUUUAUAAAUUAGAAGAAUAUAAAGAGGGUUGUGAUGACUGUUAGAAUGGUACAAUUUUCUGUAUAUGAACUAUCUACAUAAAAACACAAAUCUUACAUGUUUCUAUUCUUAAUGUUAUUAAAUAAAGCCAGAAAUUAAAUGUACCCCUUGAUGUCAAAUAAACGUUUCAAAUUCUAUGACAAU